ACUCCAGCACAGACGCUCUCCGCACACACCCACCCUCCCACCGCGCGGCAGACACACGGCAGCGACACGCACUUACCGCGCGGCAGAGCUGGACUUCUGCUGCUGUGGCCGCUCCGUGAACGCGGGCAGCGCUAUCCGAGAGCAUGGCGGACGAUGGGGACACUUCCAGCGGCGGACCCGUGGACAACAGCGGCGGGCAGGGGGCAGCGGAGGAGGCGGCGGACGGCGGGCUGGGACUCGGGACGAUGCUGUUGAAUGUCGGCGUGCUGGUGCUGGUAGCGGCCGUGUGUGUGGUGCUGUACAGGCGCUGGGGCAGGCGGCUGUACUCCACUGCGGCCCAGGGAGACGAGGCCGCGGCGUUGCCCAAAAUGAGGAGACGGGAUUUCACCCUGGAGCAGCUUCGGGAGUACGAUGGCCUCCAGAACCCGCGCAUCCUCAUGGCUGUUAACAUGAAAGUGUUCGACGUGACCAGCGGGAAGAAGUUUUACGGUAAAGAUGGUCCGUACGGGAUCUUCGCUGGCCGUGACGCCUCUCGGGGUCUGGCCACGUUCUGUCUGGAGAAAGGAGCUCUGAGGGAGGAGUACGACGACCUCUCCGACCUUACAGCAGUUCAGAUGGAGAGCGUGCGGGAGUGGGAGAUGCAGUUCAUGGAAAAGUACGACUAUGUGGGGAGGUUGCUGAAGCCCGGAGAUGAACCGUCGGAGUACACAGAUGAAGAGGACAUCAAGGACCACCUAAAACACGACUGAAAAUCAAAAACAAAACAAACAAAAAAAAAAAACAUCAGAAAAUUCGACCAAAGUCAGAACCGGAAAUCAGCAAAACAGCAGCUGCCACCGAGACAAGCCCCAAAAACCUUUCGCAAAUCUCCAAUGUCCACCCACGAUGUCCUCCUCCGUCUUUUGAACAUUUAACGGACACUGAAAAGACGCCGUGCCAUUUUUUUUGCUUGUAAAAUUCAACGUUUUGGGGUCAAGAUUACCGCUUUUGAUAAUCAUGGCUUGUUUGUCGAAUAGGUGGGGUUCAAUCUUUAGCUCCUUUUAGCUGCGUAAAAUUCAGAACAUGCUAUCGUUGUUUUCUCAAAGCCCCAUUUCUCGGAUAGAAAGCUGAGGCCACACCAAAGGCAAUACCGCUCCAGUCGAAAAAUCUAGCGUUUCUAUAUUGUUUGUCAACUUGUGAUUGUAAAAGUUUGUAGCAUUACUUCAAAUUAGCAGCGAAAGGUGUAGGAAAACUAGGCAAAUACUAGAAGCACUUGUAGGUGUGUACCAAGGCGCUGGUUCGUUCUCGCAAUGGUAAAGUUGUAGUGCCCAGACCAAUACUGCUUUUGUGGAAAUGAAGAGAUGGUCUAAUAUACAGUGUGCCAAUGUUUUUGACAGGUGCAUCCAUUCAACUCUACACAUUAUUAGACCCCUGCCAAGGCGCUGGGUCAUGUCUCACAGUUAUAGGGAUGUAACUGUUGAUACUUUGCAGUGACAUUGCGCUGGGGGUGUUCUGCGUGCAUCUUUGUCGGCGGCAGUGUUCAGUUACCAUGGAGACAGGAUGCAAACAUUAACCAGCACUGUUAGAAGAGUGUUAAGAUCAUCCGGUGAGGCAAGGUGAGAGCGACUACUUCAAAAACUGUUGGCCAUUGUUAUUUGUUUAACAGCUGGAACUCCAACAGGUGAGCUGCUUUGUGCCAAGUCAGUUCUGCUCAGACUGUGUUCAAAUAAACUUCAGAUUAAAGUAGUCGUGCUUUCAGUUAGCUUCUCAUCCCCAGGGAAUGUUGAUGACGUCAGCUGCAAAGUAUCAACUUAAAGACUGAUGAUCGUAUUGUCAAAGUUCUCAAAAUAAUAUCGUGGACUGAAACAUAUGUCGAAUUCUGCACUCCAGGUUUUUGAAAUUUCACCUUGAUAAAGCCAAGGGAUAAAACCGACUGAAGAUCUAAGCUUGAAUAAAAGACCGGAGCCUGUUCUGUCCUGUCACAACGCACAUGUUUGAAUUAGUCACUCAACAAGCUGUAUUCACACUUAUGUCACAAACCAGGAAGACGUUUGCGAUGACAACUUCCGGUGUAGUUCCAGACACUGGGCUCGACCGACUGUGAUCAAACUCACUGAAGUAAAAGUGAUCAGAGGUAAAAUGAAAACUGCAGAUGUAUGUGCUGUUUGGAAUCAUCUGGAGUUUGGCCUCAUCUCUUCUAAUCACAUGUACCAGUGCACUCAGAGUUGUGUGUCAGUGGAAAUGAUGAAAACUGAGGGAUGGUUGGAAUUGUUGAUUCACCGAACAUAAAGGAACUCUACAAUAACUAGAUUUUCUCAGACUUGCUACAGCGAACACAGCCCAAAGGAAGUUGUCAUCGCAUGUUUCCAAACAUCUCCCUGGUUUGUGACGUAAGAGUGAACAGAACCUGUCGACCAUCAGUCAUGCUGCCCUAGAGGAAAAACACAGUAACUGUACUUUGUCAAAACUGACCAAAAACACCUUAACACCCGUUUUAUUUGAUGACAAAGUUUGAUGGCUCAACUCUGUUUUGUUUUGGAGAAAUCCUGUUGUGAAAUUUGCAGUUACUCCAGUUUCUUCAGCGAUUCAGAGGAAAAAUCCAGAAAGUGCAGCAGCAAAUAAGGUAACUGAUGAAUCCAAACAGACACUGACUGUUGUGUUGUUUUACUGGACAGUUUUACACAACCCACAGAUUCUGCAACAGCUUUUUAAGUCUAAUUCUGAAAUGGGACAAAAUACAAACUUGAAACUUUCAUAAUUUCUUAUUCAGCACAAAAAUUUAAAUGCGUAAUGUUUUUUGGCAGUAAAAGAUCUCCUCAAAUAUGAUUUUCUCUGACCACCUCAUCUGUACUUUAACUGUACACUUAGAGGUCAAAGGUCAAACCAGUGGCGAUGACUGAUUCAUAAAUAUGACCUCAUCAACACAACACACUUUCAUAAGUUUACCUCUGACACACACAAGACAGACAACAUCACUACUUUAAACCACUUUCCUGUUUAACCGUCAGUGCAGUUACUGUGUUUUUCCUUUUUGAUAUUUGGCCCUUGAUGAAGAAAAGUUUGGACCCUUUGACAUAGACCAUGAUCCUUUGCUCCAUUUCAAUGUAAAGAUAUAAAAAAACAUCUCAAUAUUCAUUCUUGGGUCAUUGACCGUAACACAACACCAAAGAUUCGUUAAGUCUUUAAAGGAAAAUCAGUGUUUCUUCAGUUCUGUUGCAUCUCUACCAAUAUCUAGACAAUCUGUUACCACCAGAUUUACAUAUUGUUACAUCCCUAUCUCGCAAUGACUAAGUGAACACAUUUUAAGAAGGUUUUAAGAAAUGGAGAAAUUUCUAUGAACAGUAGGUUUGUCACUUUUUGAAAAUACAUUUGGUGUGAUCUUUGCCAAGGCACUAAUCACGACUCGCAAGAACGUUAGAGAAAGAUGAUUAAGAAUAGAAAGCUAAGUAAAGGUUUUAAAAUUCACUCGCUGCAGCACUGUUGUGUCUUAACUAAACAAAAAAUACACAUACUUCAGUCUUUCACUCAUUGCAAAUCACUAAUAUUCAUUUAUGAAAACACUUUUGGACAAUAAUUAUCAAAACACUGCAAAAAUAUUUUACACAGUGUUAUAAAUUUGCAUCUGUUUGUGCUUUGAUUAGUAACUGAAAAACUACUUUCAAUCUUCUCUUUGGUUUCUUCUUUCAAACUUAGAAAAAAUUCCAGUUGAAAUAAAAAUAUAAAACCCAGACUGUGAAAAAUUGUACACUGAAAAGUCACAAAAAAUGUAUUUAAUGAGUAAAUACAACUAAACAAAACAGAUAUACACAUUCAACUCAAUGUUAUUAGCUCAAAUCCUGUUAUUUUUUUUAAAGUGCACCUGACAAAAACUUGCACAAUUCUGUAUAUUUAGUGUUAGAAAAGCGCAGUUGCUUCACUGAUUAAAAGGGAAGUUCGUCCAUAUGAUUAAAUUCUACAAAAAAUCCAAUAAAAUGUUUACAUACAAGCCAGCUGCAAGUCCGUAAAUAUAAUAAUAAUUUCACUUCAUCGCAAAUCAAAAUGGUCCAAGUAUUAUCGUGCCUUAUUCUGUUGUCAGUGCCCCCAUAGGCUCAACAAGGCAAGAUGUCUCUAGUCACUUUU